UAUGCCUCAAUUAACCCAACAUCACAUUUUUUAGAAAGUGAAACAAAUUGCAGGCCUCAUUGGUCUUGCCUGGCUGUCAGUCAUCCUUUGUGGGCAGGCCCUGACAAAGUGCUGAAAGAGGCAAAGGGAUUUUUUUGCUGCAUGGUGCCCCACGGAUUUUUGGCCCGUUCACACUUACUAUGGGGUGGCUUUGCGUCGCCUUGGCAAUGUGCAUACUGGUGUCUCGUGUCAAAGGUAAAGUUCUAGAACAUUUUGUAUUGUCAAGUGCAUUGUCUGCAGCAUUACACAUCCAAUAUGUAAUACAAAUUCUAUGAGACAUUUCUGUUUUAGUACACAUGUACAUAUACAUUUAUGUAUGUUCGUAUUACACAUAUAAAUGUAUACAUGCAUGAACUAUACAUUUAUGCCACUAAUAUUAGGCAACGACUGGUGGUGGAAAUAUGAAGAAGGAAUACGACAAUACAGCAAGGAGGCCCUAAACAAGGAGUUUCCUGAGAAAACUCGUCCAGUUGGUUUCAAACAUCCAACCUUCCAGUGUCCGGAUAUGAGCCCUUCGGCUACAGCCCCCUCCUCAGUGGAGCUGGUGAAGGCGGCCGACAUCAAAGUCAUUGCCGCCCUGGGAGAUUCUCUAACAACAGCCAUCGGCGCCAACGCCACCACCGUCCUCGGGAUCCCCAUCGAGUUUCGCCACGUUUCAUGGAGCAUCGGAGGUUACGGCUCGUUUGAGGAUGUCAUCACUUUGCCCAACAUCAUCAAGCUCUUCAAUCCCAGCCUGCUGGGCGCUGCUCGGGGGAAGACGGUCCACGGCAUGGAGGCCCACAUCAGCCAGACGGGCCUCAAUUUGGCUGUGACAGGACACAACACUUUCAAUCUCCCCAGUCAGACGAGACAUUUGAUUGACACGCUCAGAGGUUACGAGGGGUUGAACUUCGAGAAGGAUUGGAAGCUUCUGACCAUCCUUAUGGGCAUGAACGACAUCUGUGACUAUUGCAAAGACAAAGCUCUCUUCUCAGCAGAGAACUUCCUUCACUACAUGAGCGUGUCGUUGGAAAUGCUUAUGAAUGAGGUUCCUCGAAUGAUUGUGAACGUGGUGCAGAUUCUUCCCAUGCAGACUCUCAGAGAGGUGCACAAGCCCACACCAGGCUGUCUGCUACAAAGAUCUUUCUGCUCUUGUCUCAUCGAGCCAGCGAGUCGUUCUGCUGAGCUUGGAGAGCUAGUGGAGGUCAAUCUGGAGUUCCAGAGGAGAUUGGAGGCAUUGCUUCAUGGUAACCACUUCUUCAGGGAAGACUUCGCUGUGGUCCUGCAGCCCUUCUUGAAACACGCUGACCCUCCUCGCCUCCCGAGCGGCAAGAUCGACAUGAGCUUCUUCACACACGACUGCUUUCACUUCACCAUUAAAGGCCAUGAAGAACUGGCCAAAGGACUGUGGAACAACAUGAAAGUGAAGUGUUUGUGUGGACAGUUUCAGGCUGAGGGAGACAAGACGGUUGUUAGCAGUUUUUCUGACCCCAUCAACCUCGUCUGUCCACCCAUGGAACAUCCGUACAUCUUCACCCGAUCGACCUCGGCCAGUUCAGCCCAUCCUGGACUUCACCGCAGACGUCAUUUUCCUUCGCUGGCGGUCAUCUCUUCGCUGCUCUGGCUUCUUGUGGCGUUUAGGCGUCAUGGUUUUUUGUAACUUUGCACAGCCGGUGAUGAUGACACACAGGUAGUCAUUCUAGCCGUCUGGACGAGAAAGUUUUUUACACUCAUGUCAAACCUCAUCACGAGGUGUCCAUAAUGAAAUCUACAAGACAAAAAGCAACAGUCAACAUAACAUCAACAAUUACUUUUAUAUUGUGUUCAUCUCGUAAAAUCCACCUUGAGGAAAACAUUCUGUUAUAUUACUAAAACUCUAUUUUGACUGUUUUCUUUUUAAAACCAAAACAUUCUGAAAAGCAACGGUACGUUCCCAACUUUGGGGAGCGCUCAUGAUUUCAAGGCUUUUCAGAAAAAAAAGAUUAAAACAUUCCUGCUAGAUUUAAUGACUGAAAUUAAAAAAAAUAUAUAUAUAUUUUAGACUAAAAUAUGAUCACAUCGCACUUCAAAGUUUGUGGUUUCAUUCUAUCACAGAUGUUUUUUGGUUUGUUUGUUUUUCUUUUAGCAUAUUCACCAUAUUUUAGCCUAAAUUAGGCAUUUUAAACAUAAAAAUGUCUAAAUGUACUAAAAAUGUCAAUACUACAGUAGUAUUGACCACUAUGUGAGACCAAACCAAUUCAAACCAACAGCAGUACUACAUCGUAUUGACAGAGUGUAAAGGUGACUAUGUGGGUUUAAAUUCAUGUCGAGAGAGCUCUCAUAAUGUUAAAUUUUUUUAGAAAGUUGUAAACAGUUUUUUAAUGAUUAAGCUAUGAAAAUACUAGAUUUUGGACAUGUAAUGACAAACUGUAAAUACGCGAUCUACCACAUUGUAACUGAAUGCUUGUUUUAAAUAAACUAAUACCAUAGCAAUAAAUACUAGUUCUGCUGAAAUUAAUUUACCACUGUCAAACCUGGAACAUUUUUAACAGUGAUAAACAAAAAGUAAAUAUAAUAUAGUAAUGAUAGUCAAAGUUUAAAAUAAUACUGUAUUAUUUUUAACUAAGUUUUUUAAUGAGAUCAAUUUUGCAUUCACUUAAAAAAAAAGAUUCAUUAUAUUACGUGGCACAGUCUAUGCAAUACAACAAAAACCAAUAAGUAUAUAUUCAUAUAAUAAUAUAAAAAAACCUAUUCAUUAUUUACAUGAUUUAAUUUUAUAUUUAUAGGAGUUGACAUUUAAAUGAAACAAAUGCCCUGUUGGUUCGUUUUGUCGUCCAAGCCCGUCUCAUCCUCAUGUGCUACUUUUUUACUUUUGUCUUACUUUUCACUUUUUCUUUCCACUUCAACUUAGUUCAAGUGAAAGUGAAUUAUUGAUGAGGUGAAGUUUGCCUUCAGCUUUUUUCAUGCUACAUUCCUCCAUGCGCUCUUCAUAACAUUCCCCCCAUUUAAUGUAACAACUUGAUGAGAAUCCUUAAUUCAUAGCAACGCUUCACUGUGUGCACUUCAAAUGGUGAUGAUGAUGCAGAGGUGUUUUAUAUGCACACAUACAUCUUCUGUCACAUCAUUGCUUUAAAAAUGUGCCUUUGCGAUGCAGACUCUCCCUGAAACUUGUCACCAGAGAUGAAUGAGUCACGCACGCACGCACGCACGCACGCACGCACGCACGCACGCACGCACGCACGCACGCACGCACGCACGCACGCACGCACACACACACACACACACACACACACACACACACACACACACACACACACACACACACACACGUCUAUUGCUGGCCCACUUAUUCUGAGAUGUUUGUGUGCUUCCUCUGCAUUCCAAAAAAUACACUUGACACUUUUAAAGCAAUCACGACAUCAGCAAUAAGAGUCAAUAUUGUUCUGCACUGUUGUAAACCACCACCAUGCAUCCCUGCCUUACAUCUGGAUCUCGGAGGCAUUAUUUCGUCAUGCAUAAACACACCAAUUUUAAUGUUAAGAGCCCGAAAACACCCUCAGAAACACAACCAGCAAUCGGGAGCUGUUUUUGAAGAUUGUGUGCCCUUUCAUAACCAAAGUAUUAGAACGGGCUCUUGGUUUAUUGUUGAAUGACUGCAUCAAUCAAAAGU